UCCAGCCUACCAGCAACUGGCCACCGGCAUAGUUAUGAUUACGGUUAUUAUUGCUCUUAUGUCUGCAUGAUUCCCCCGAUAGACUUGCCGUCUGUUGCUUUUCUAGCUACCUAGGUACUCGUUACUUCACUCUUUCCACUGACCCAUCCUGGGGAUCGAUCGACACCCGCUUGGCUACUGAGUCUACAACAUGGAGAAAGAGCUUGUGCUUGACGCUCUUGGGCCCUUGAGCGUCGAUGGACUCGAUGAUGGUGAUGACGUGGAGGAUCCAAAUGGCCUGGCAUGUCUGCAAAACCGCCACGCCCUGGCGGAAAAAGCUAUCCCGUCCACUAGUACUGGCACGCUUUUGCCUGGGCCAAUGGCAAGCGCUGUCAGUCUUUUCACGAGAUCGGCUUCCUUGGCCCUGCGUAUCGGUACGACUGUGAGUGGCUUUGGUCUCGGUGCUGCCAAAGUCACCACUCUGUCUAGCCUCGAAGUUUGGAGAGGCAUCCUCGACGGCAUAUUGAUCAGGGCUGGCCGCGAUGUGUUCGUCGGCUCCCCAUCUGACUUGGCUCGCGCUGAUGCCGAGUCCAUCUUGGAAGCGAACCUCGAGAGUAUGCAUCAGACCAUGUCGCGACUAGUAUUUUGGACUGCUGCUAGUUUUCACGCUGCUGGAACUGCUGUCUCUACUACUUCAGAAAUCUCCCAACUUUUGCUGUCCGCGCUCGAUCAGUUUUUCGGUUCAACCGAUUCAUCCAGGGCUAUAGCCAGUAUCAUUACCCUUAUCCGCCGGGAAUUCCAGAACCCUGCAACCGGCGUUGAAGGCGAAAGGGUUGGGCUGAUAGAUCUAAUACUCGGACUAUGUGGCCUUGCAUAUCUUCAGAAUAGGUGCCGAAAGAUGAUACAGGAGGAAUCCCGACGCCUUGGAUAUGAGGAGAUCAUUUGGGAUGUAAUUGUUCUGGACAGCGGAGAGCGCGUCGACGCACUUGAUGAUGGCUUUCGCAAUGCCAAUGAUGCCAUCGGCGAUAUCGAAUAUCAUGGCUCGAGGCGAAGCAGUACUGAUAGUGAAGAAGAUAGCCUCCUGGAAGAUCAAUUAAGGAAACAGAUUGCCAAAUCACUUCCAGAGGAUGCUAAGAUAUCUAUCACUACAUCCGCUACGACUAUCAAGACGAUUACGGUCGAUAUAACGGCUGCGUCGGAUCUGUCAAUCCCGUCAUUCCCAAACCUUGGCCUUGUAUCGAGUGAGGUUACUGAUACCCACCUGCCGUCACGAAACAGCCAGAGACCAGCUUCACACUACAGAGUAGUGUAUAAAAGACGGAAUAGAGUACAAAGCAUUUUAGAAGAUACCUGGGAUGAUAGUAAAAGGCCUAAUCCUGCAGUAGAUCUUCAUAGCGACGAUGACCAACAGUCAGUUUCACCGACUAGCCCCGACGUUCAGAAAAUAGGUCCUUCUCUCCCUGCAUCUCCAACAAGCACACACCCAACCGCCAUAUCUUCCAUAAUGGAACACCGAAAUGGGUCAAAUGAAGAUGCAUCCACCCGUCCAAGACCAUUGCAUGAUGAGCCUUCCGGAUAUGGGAAUGGUCCGUUAAAGGAAGUAUCAGUCCCAAAUUCCCCUGGCGACACAAAUGGACGAGCGGCGAAUCAAAAACGAACCAGAGCGCCACUAGACAGCCCACGUCGGAACACCGAAAGUCUUACUAUCCAGAUACCCUUCAGCUCGGUGAGCGCUAGACCUGCAAACCGGAAAUCGUAUAAGAAACCAGAUGCCAAUAUGCCAAAAGCAAGGGACAAGAAGACUGGAAUUCGAGGUGUGCUCGGGAAAGGACUUGUUCCGACAUUAAGUAAUCUCAGCCGUGAGUCAAGCUCAGAGAAUAUCGUAGGUACAAAGGUGAAACCAAAUACAAAACCUGCUUGGAAUAGUUCCACCUCUGCCCAAACGAGGUCCUCUAGCACGCUCCCUAGAAAUGCAGUCCCCGAUAGGACCUCUAGCAUAGUACCAAACCGUGAGAACCCUCGAUCACUGCACCGAGAAACCCCAAAGUCUUUCAACUCUAGAGACCUUGGCUCUUUUGGGAACUCAGAGAAGCACAAAUCUCCCCUUUUGUCACCUGCGUUUCCUACGGGAAAGCGACGACGGAGCUCAUUGGUCUCUUUGACAGAUACUAUAUCUGUUCACUCAUAUGAUAGCCGCCCCUCUUCGCCAUAUCAUCGUCACAGCGAAACCAUAGUAAACGGCAACUCGGUAAAUCAAAGACAAGCGCAUGGGGGUGUACAAGGAGUGCAAUCUCCAGAACGACUUCGUCGCCCGGCCGUUCCACGAACCCACACUCCUAGCAUAUAUACAAUUGGCACGGGCGGAUCUGAAACGUCGCUUGUCGUCUCUUCUUUCCACACAAAAAGCGUCUAUGGCGAUUUAGCGGCCCUUGAGUCUUUGAGACGGUGCGGGGCGGCUAGCGGGAUGUUCCCCGAUUUCCACUUUCUACGAAAUAUCACCCGCUACAGUCGCUAUGCGUCGGCUGUCUACGGAUAUAACUUCCUUAAUCUGAUGGGCAUAUCCAAAGAUCGCCCUGCUCAGAAUAUAGCGGAUGAGAUUCACUACGAUGUCCGUUCCUUUGCUCAUCACGCCAAGCUACCCCCUAACAGUAUUCGAUUAGCGUCUUUCACGGAUCCUCAAGGCGGUUCAGAUUCGACCGGGGCUACUGACACAGGCGUGCCCCUUGUGCAUACCGUGGCCCUCGAUGAAGAGUCUAAAGCUGUUGUGCUCACGUGCCGAGGAACCCUGGGUUUUGAAGACGUUCUUGCAGACAUGAUGUGCGAUUACGACGAUUUAACUUGGAGGGGCAAGAUAUAUAAAGUCCACAAAGGCAUCCAUGCGUCAGCACGUCGGCUCUUGUAUGGCGCCGAUGGACGCGUAUUAGUUACUAUAAAGACAGCCCUGGACCAGAACCCCGGAUAUGGCCUGGUGUUGUGUGGCCACUCAUUAGGUGGCGCGGUUACCGCCCUGCUCGGUGUUAUGUUAGCAGAGCCGUCUGCCACUGGAGCCGGCUUUCUCACCUCUGCCACACAGCAGCUGAAGCUUCUUGAGGAAGACGGUGCGCCUCGCUCGCCUACGCAUAUAUGCUUGCCAUCCGGCAGACCAAUCCAUGUGUAUGCUUAUGGUCCACCAGCGAUAAUGUCACCCUCUCUUCAGAAAGCCACCAGGGGUCUAAUAACCAGCACUGUUCACGGUAACGACUUGGUACCAUACCUCUCACUGGGGGUCUUGCAUGAUUUCCAAGCUCUUGCCCUAGCAUUCAAGACAGACAACAAUGAAGCCAAGGCCGAGAUUAAGCGGCGCGUCUGGGAGGAGCUGAGAUCCGGCCUUGCAAAUAGGUGGUACAGCAAUUCAGCAAAGCAAUCCAACGAGGAUGACGAGAACUGGGACUACGUCGCUCUGAAGACCUUACGCGUCAGCAUGAUGAACUCUAAGCUUCUUCCACCCGGCGAGGUUUUCAAAAUAGACACUGCGCUGGUGAUGAGGAGAGACGCGUUCACCCAAGAAACGUUAGACGAGAUCGGCAAACCCGCCAAACGGAUUGUUCUGAAAUACAUUAGAGAUGUUGAGGCACAUUUCAGGGAAGUGCAUUUUGGCUCAAGCAUGUUGACGGACCAUAGUCCUGGCAGAUACGAGGAUGCCCUUAGACGACUGAUGUUGGGCGUUGUAGAAAUAUCUUAGCAAAGGAAUAUACGAUCGCAAUCCAGGCUUUGUA